AUGGGUAUUGAUAUGUCAUCUGCAUUCGACACCAUUAAGAGAUCAGUUUUGCUAGAACUUCUUGCUGAUGCUGGUUGUAGUGAAGACGACAUCCGACUGGUAAGGUACCUACUCUCAUGUACCAAACUGAAGAUUAAAGUGAGGUCUACCAUAUCAGGGGAGAUCAUUGUCACGAUAGGUGCGUUCCAAGGUGAUAGUUUGUCUGGAAACCUUUUCACCCUUUAUUUGGCUGGCGCACUUUACCACCUUCGUGCCUUUAUGUCUUAUCUAAGACCCAACCCUCCGUUUGCUGAAAACCUGCUACCUCUUGAGUGGGAGUACGCAGAUGACGCAGACUUCACAGAUGAGGAUAAAAAGAAUUUGGAGUCCAUGUUACCAAUAUGCAAUAUAUUGGAGGAGUGGAAUCUUUUUGUCAACGAAUCAAAAACAGAGUUCACACAUAUCUAUCUGGCCGAGAAGAACGAAGUUGAUGACAAAGGAGAGCCACUUCGAGGAAGAGAGCCCUGGAGAUCAUCUAUCUCACUUGGUUCCAAAUUGUGCAGCAACGAGGACUGA